AUGCAAGUGUUGGCCCCCGAUGAACUUGUUGAGCGUAUAUGUGAGGAGAUAGCAUAUGCGGGGGGAUCGUUAACGUCUGUGCAAUUUUGGAGCCUAGUCUCGAAGCUGACAGAUACAUUGGACAAGCCGUUGAAAAGCUUCGUGCUGCGAUGUUUCGACAGCUGUCAAGAUACAUCUAUCUCAAGGUACCAGAAACUUCUGAAGAUUGCGGACAUUGAUGAUCAGAUCAUGGAGAUGGAAGAUCUCGUAUUUUCCAUAUCCGAAGAUAAACUAUAUCUGUUUCUCACCGGUUACAAUAAAAGAGAAUGUUCUGUAGGUGGUCUCGCGUUCGAACUUCUUCUUGAAAUCGCGAAAGCUAAAGAGCGCGGUAUCAACACAAUGGAUUUGGCUCGCCAAACAUCACAAGAUCCUCGAAGCAUCACGGGUAGAGUGAAGAAGCUCGGCAAUCUUGUCACAGCGGUUCAAACAAUCUACAAAGGCCAUGUGGUAAAGCACUUGAGAUUUCAUAAGUUCAGCGUUCGAGAGGACGACAAUAGUGGUUAUGCCAGUAUGAAGGACAGUUUACAAAGUAUAGUUGACGUUGUGAAACACUCCAAAAAUGGUGUACGGCAGGUUAUUGAUCUGAAGCGAGAGCUAAAGUUUGAUAAAAAUAAGCGGCAAUCCAAAGCUUUCAUCGCGGCCAUAUCGUCACUUGAUGCAGCUGGAUUUCUGAAGAAAGUGCUCGUGGUCUCUCCAUCGACUCCUUCACUGAAAAUAAGGUGCGUCAAGUAUUUGAGAGACUAUGUACCGGAGGAAAGGUCAAUUAACGAUUUCGAAGACGAGUCCGAACUAGAUGAGGAGAAUGAAGACAACGCUGCUAACGAUGAGUGCAUAGUCGAAGACGAGGAAAAAUUAAAUUUGAUGAACGCGGAUAAUGCGUCGCAACUUCUGCAAAGCAAGAACUUGCUUGUCGAAGAGGAUACAAACAGUGAGCCACAGCGCUUUCUUCUCAACAGGUUUCAGCCCCUGCAAAACCAAACCUUCGGUCUAGUUGACAAGGAGGGAACCAGCGGAUUGUCUUCUAUGCAAUGUGUUACCUCAUUGACAGGAAGCGAUUACAAGAGAUCUUUUGCAAAAUGCAGCGAAUAUUUCAUCGAUACGGUUGGAAAAGAGAAAAAAGAUUAUGAGGGUUUCGGACUGGUUAAAGUCUAUGACUUUGAAGGUAAGAGAAAGUUCUAUCGGCUGUUCACAAAGCCUUUUUUUAGACUUCUCGCCUCUGAGGAGGGACUGGACGCUAAUUCUGGUAUGCAACCUUUGCAACCCCAGCUCGAUUCGUUGAGAGACCUAAGCAGUAAGCAUUUCUCCCCGUUGAGCAAUACGCUUCGCUUCAUAGUUGAUGAAAAAGGCGACCACUUUUUCUGGAAUGGUGAAUUAAAGGCGCCCGCGAAUGAAAAUGCUGCUCCACGAGGACGGAAGAGAAAAGAAGUCAAAUUAGCCGAAGUUGAGCAUAUGAAAGCUUCUAAGAAAAUCAAGGCUGACGAGGAUAAAAGAUCUUCGCCAUCUGGUAACACAGUUGUAACGGGGAGUACAUCCAGCGAUACAGCUCGCUACACGCCACUUGGAACUGCUGCAGAAGCGGGCGUGUCAGUCACGGACAGCUAUGUUGGUGACAAGAACCCAUCACUUUUCAGUAUAGGUGGAUUUUCAGCCAAGUCUUUGAAGUCCUUGCAACGUCAGCGUGCGAUUUUGAGAACGAUCAAGAAACUAGGAGGUGUCGCGUUAUUUAGAGACCAGUUUUUUGAGGAGGUCACGAAACUAAUGGACUCAAAGACUACUCUUGAUAAAAAGACCAUACGGGGAGACCUAGAGCUUUUGAAGGCAGCUCGAAAAUUAGAGUUCGACAUUGAAAAACAGACAGGUCGUAAAAUCAUUUACUUGCCGAACACCUCUUCUGAGACGAUAUCAACGUUCCUGAACAACGAGAAAGACAACAAGAGAUCAUAUUUCAACGAUGUCAUCGAGGCGACCGACAUUUACUUUUUUGACAGCGAUCAGCGGGAGAAAUUUCAUAGUGGUUCAAAAUCAGCCGAGAGAAUCGAAAAGUUCGAGAAAAAAGGUAAACGGGGCAGGCCUACGCAGGCCAGAAAUAAAAAGGUUGGAAAGAAACUUGAAAAGCCUAUUGAACUUACAGCUGCUUUAUGUGACUCGACUGCCGAGCGUCAAUCUUUAGUGCAAAGUAACAUGGCGCAACAGGCCUCUAAGUCUGAAGCAGGUCAGGAAUGCUACAAUGUGGGAAGUAAGGCUGGUCUGCGCGCCCUUGUCAUUUCUGUUGUUUUAACAGAAGUUGUGAGAGGAGAAAUAUUAUGGGACCUGAUCACCGGUCUCUUUCCGAACAAUUCUCUCGGUAAUCUAGAAAAACAAUGGACUACUCGCCGUAUCAGAAUGGGGUUAGCUGGUUGGAAAGCUUUGAAAAUGAAGUGGCGGAAGAUUCUUGUUGGUGCAUUAAAAGAAGAGCGCGCCACUAUGGAGGACAUCGAGAAUCUAAAUUUACCCAAACUAAUACGCCUUUGGGAGAGCACUGACCUAAAAAAAGCGGAUAAAUCACCUACUUUACUAAAAAAUCACGAAGAAAACAUGAAAAAGUUCACCUUUGUCAAAGAAACUUCUCACUCUACUGGCGUCACAGCUCUAGAUUUGUCUUCCAUGGUUCAACGCGAGUCUGCUUUGCUGAGGAAGUGCUAUACUUAUGUGCUCGGAAAGAGGAGAAACCCGUCACAUGUAGAUGAGGAUAUUAAAACGAUCAUCCGAUCUUCUCUUCUGGAUACAGACUCUGCUGCUGCUAAUGAAAUCGAAGCUCUGAAAAACUUUGAUGCUAAAGUGGUCGAUCGAGUAGUUUUGGAUAUGGCAAAAGAAAAGCUAGUCGUUUUAAGUGGGUCGUCCAAACUACAGUUGAAUGACGGUUUCGUCGAUCAACUCAGAAAGAAAGGAGAGUUUGAGAUCUUGGACAGAGCUCCAAGCUAUAUCAGACAGUUGCAGUCAAUACUGCAUGGCCAAAAAGGUGUCAUUUUGAAAGAGGAGCUUGGAAACCAUGCUGCUUUGAUUUACUUGGACCUGCUCCAAUCCAAUCUAAUCCUAAUGAAGGAUAUACCGGUCUCUCCGCAAGAUUUACCGAUGCAUUACACUACUCGCAAGUAUGGGUUUGAUGCUUUAAUGCCACCUCUUAUUGUUUUACCUAAAUUACUUUCUGUCACAAAACCUGAUGAGAAGGUCCGUGUUCCAAUGGGGGCACCGUUUUCACGUUUGUGGAUCGACGGCUAUGGUGCCUUGCGGGGAGAUGUUUGGAAGUCGCUAGUAUUCUUAGUGCUUAAUGAAGUAUUUUUCAACCCGGGUCUCACAAUUGAAUUUCUAGCGGCAAGAAGUACGAAAUUCAUGUCACCGUCGGAUGUCGAACAAAUCGCCAAAUGGUGUUUGGAAUCUAAGCUAAUUCGGUCCACUAAUAUGGGAGGUCUUAUUGCUAACUCAGGCUGGUAUAUGGCAUUUUAG